CGCGGCGUUGCCGGGCGACGGGCGGCCGCUGUCGCUCCCGGCCCGCCGCUCUCCCGUUCUCCCCGCGGCCUCGGCACGGCCCGCAGGAGAUGGAACAAUUAAAUAACACUAUGAGCACCUGUCAGACAAGAUAAACGAAGAUAAACGGCUGUGACUACUAAAUUAAAAUCUCUGUAGGAGAGGAAUGGGAAAUGAUGCAGAACAUCAGUGGCAUUGGAAGAAAAGCAUGUUGAGAUGGACCUGAAGUGGAAUCCUGACAGAGUUUCUCAUCCAGGCUCAUUUGAAGACCAGGAGACUGAUUUGAAUUGGCAACACAACGCAAAUCUCAGUCCGCUGAUUAAAGAUGAUGGAGAGCUGCUUAUGGAUGAGCAUCUUUCCCCCAGGAAACUGAAAAUUUUGGCAGGGGUAGAUGAUCUGCAGCAAGUGAAGGUCCUAGAGAUGCGAGUAGACACCAGAGAGAUCAGCUUGGGGAACUUUGGUGUGCAUCUGCCUAAUCUGAGAGAACUGAAGUUGAACAAUAGCUUGCUUACAUCUGUGAGGGAUCUUGGAACCUCAUUGUCCCAUCUCCGUAUCCUGUGGAUGGCUCGGUGUGGGCUCUCAGAUUUAGAUGGCAUCUCUUCCUGCAGCUCUCUAAAAGAACUCUACAUUGCUUAUAACAAUAUCUCUGACCUGAGCCAGCUGACCUGGCUGGACCACCUUGAGGUUUUGGACCUGGAAGGGAACAAUAUUGAGGACAUCAACCAGGUGCAGUACCUGCAACUUUGUUGCAAGUUAAGCCACCUAACAGUGGAGGGCAACUUUAUUUGCCUGAAGCCAAAUGCAGAAUCUGCAGAGGACCCAGACUAUAAUUACAGAGCAGAAGUAAAAAAACUCAUUCCCCACUUGAAGUAUUUGGACAGAAUACCAGCAAGUCAGACUGCUCUCCUUCCUUCCAAGAAGAUGCAUGAGCAUUCUCUAAUCAUCAAGAAAUCCAUCAAGGAAGGUGGUUUAGUCAAAGACAUUUCACAGUUAGAUCUGUAUCUUGGGGAAGUAGCAAAGCAGUCUGGAUGCAGCCCAAAACCCCCAACACCUUCCAGACCUGGAAAUGCAGAGUGUUCUGCUAAUGCAGGGACGUGUAGUGAUGCCAGCCUCUUGUCUGGUAGCUGUUCUCCUUCAGAUUCCACUGUUUUUCCUGAUAAGCUGUUCACAGAAGAUGACUCUAGUGAUUUGACACAUGGACUCCGUCAAGUUAUAUGUGGGAAUCCCGCCAAGGCCCUCCAUGCGAGGAGGCAAAAGCUAAAUCUACCUCCUACUGUGAGCCCUUUGAAACCGUCCAGUCUGAUGACAGAAAACCUCUGUGGCUCUGGAGGAGGAAGAGAUCUGCACCAGGAAAAGGUUUCCCCUGACCUGGGAACAUGGACCGAGCAGCACAAGGGGUGCCUGCAAGCAGGUCAGCAAGGACAAGCCAGCCAAGCAGUGAAGGUGAAUGAGGGUGAAGACUGGAGCCUGACUGAUAGCUCGGAAGAUUACUUGAGGGAGGCCUAUGAUAAGGAACCUAUUGAAAGGAUUCCACUUGAGCCUACUUCCCACUCUUCUACAGGUUCAUCCCAGGCUCAGGAGGGUGCAGUGCCCUCCAACUCAAAACGUUAUAUAAUUCCAUCCCCUCCAAAAAAUCCUUCACCUGCCUCUGCAGUGGAUGUUGCAGCAAGACCCUGGAAAACAAGGAACCACAUGGGCCUAAAGACACCCAGCCAAGAGGAAGACAGGAAGUAUACACAGCAAUGCCAGUCAAAGGCUCAUCAAGAGAAUUCAGCCCAGCCCCUGGACAAACAACCUUCUCUCCUGUGCCUGCACAGCACACUGGCUGCCUCUGGAUCCCAAAGGCAGCACCAGCCUGUGGGCUCCAUCAGCCAGCAAAGGCCCAUUCCAGGACCAACAGCUGUGGGGUCAUCAAGGAUCAGGCCCAUCAUGGAUGAGAGCCCUUCUAAAGAGAUCAACCACAAGCACCCAGCUGCCUGCUCAUCCACAAAAGCCUCACAGAGGUUUAGGCCAACUAAUUCUGCUUGGUCCCUGACUGCCAGGUCCCUUCUGCAGUCAUUGCCAAAAAAAUCCACUGCCACAAAAACAUCUCGGAACAGAAGUCCUCAGUUCUAGGAGAUACCCAGUUGACAGCAUGUGUUGGAGCCAUGUACAUAGUGCAGCCAUGAAGGAUUGAUGCUGUCCUGCAGCUUCUUCUGCAAGCUAAACACAGAGCAGUUCAAACAAACAACGUGAUUUGCCUCAAUUCAGGAUACAGCUGGUCCAGAAAUAUUUUAAGAGCAACCACUGAUCAACCAAUGAGCUAGUGAACUUCUUAUUACAGAAAAAUGCGGUUAUUUUUGCAACCUAUAUGCACUAAAACAGAACAAAUCCUGUCAUACUUCCUCUCAUCCACACCAUACCCAGCUCUGUGAGUCAGGCAGGGACACCAAACAAAGAGCAUGAGCAGAGCAUGGAGCCUGCUGUCUGUGGAGUGGGCUGGCGGAGGUGACCUACCAGCAGCCAGCAAUGUGUCUUUUGCAGUCCUGGAUGUUUAGCAUGUGCGGGCCAAAAUCAAGGGCUUGAGAGGAAGUGUUGACCAGAGCAGGUUCUAAGGGAGGGGUGCAUUGCCUGAGGAGGAGCCCAGGAAGGCCAGAGAUGGUUUCAGAGUUUAUGCCCCCACAGGAGCUCACCCUAUACACAGGCAUUGGAGUUUCUUGUAGGAUGCAUUGCUAUGGGAGCAAAUACUGGAUGAGUGGCUUAUCCCAAUAUUAACAUGUUUGUUUGCUCCAUAGCUACCUGGAAGGAUUUGUCUCACUUUCUCUGAAUAGACACUGCACUCCAGAAUUUCUCUAGCAGAGCUGAAUUCUGUCACCAGGUGUCAGAACACCCUCUGCAUGUGCCUUUCACCUCCAUCCCAUUUCUAGCAUUUUCAGAUCAAAUAGAAUUUCCAAUUUAUUAUAACUGGAUAAUUUUAAGUGAUGAGGCAGCAAAGCAGGGAAGUAAGGGAAUAAUCUCUUGUUUUUUCAAUAGGACAUUUGCUUCCUGUCCGGGUAAGAUCCAAAACAUCUGUUUUAGUGACUGCAGUCUGUGAGAUGCUGUUUCAAAUGACUGUGUCUUACAACUUUAUGGAUGUUGCAGUCUGAAACCAAGCAUCAUCACAUUUUUUCCAGUUUAAAAUACUAUGUUAGAUUACAUUUUUAAAAUCAGUUUAUAAAACUGUAAUUACACAAUGAUUUAAUGAAUUAGUUUAUGCUUCCUUUAUUCUGGCCAUCUUAACUUAGAGAAGCAGAAUAAUAGACAAAGCCCUAAAACUUCCUUUUUCAUGGUGCUCCUUGCACCACUUUAUCUUAUAAAACAGUCUGGAGCUUGAAGCAAGUUUGCUCAGUUUUGGUGUGUCCUAGCAGAAAUCAUGUAUCGAAAAUCAUUUAAAUUUAUGUGGUAUGUGAUUUUAUGCAAUACUAUGGAUGCAGGCAGGAUUUCACCCAGCAACAGUGCCUGUGUCCUUAAAUAGGCUCAUAAAUUUGACUUUUUGCCAGUGUCACUGACCAUACUAUCACACACCAAAAAAAGCUGGCCUUGUAAAAGAAAGAAGACACAGCACUGACCCUGCUCUAUAUCCAGGGUUGUACCAGGGGGUGAUGGGUAGGACUGUGUUCUCCAGAUAUUCAGAGCCUCCUUCUCAAUCGACAUCUUUCAUUUCAAAGGGGUGGAGGGAAAAAAAAAGUUCAGUGGGUGUGUAAACUGGAUCUGGACAUGAGCAUCUGCAGAGACAAAACUUGGUACAGAUCUGGAAAGUCUCUCAAAACCAUCUGUGGUCUCAUCUUGCAGCAAACUCCACUUGGCUCUGUAUGUGCACAGAACAAGAAGCUUCUCUGAACUGGCAGAGAGGAUGUGGAGAACUGGUCAGAAAAAAACAGCUCUGCCCUGGUGUGGGGGAAAUCAGUACGUGAGGGCUUCAUCAAAACCAUUUAACUCAGGGUUUCCUGUUGUAUUUUCCCAUCAGGCACCCAGGACACACACACACACACUCUCAGGGCUGCAGGCUGUGUGUGACCUUCAGAACAGCCACCCCACCACUCAUUAAGCAGAUCUGCCCCACUGGUGGCCUAACCAAGGCAGUCACAUGCUGCAUGGUGGUGUGGUGUGUUGCCAGGGGCAGGAAGAGAUGUCUAUUGAUAUGCCUAUUGAUCACUGCAUCAGCUGGUUGCCCGUCACCUCCUCAGGUGUGUAUUGGGAGGGAUGGAUGUGUAAGACGGGCUGGAUGCCCUCUGCUCUUGUGUCUGUGGGGAUUUAGUGUCCAGAACUGAGUGGCCAGCCUUUCAUGCAUGGAACAACAGAGAGGCUUGCUAAGAAAGCAAGUUUGUGGUCACAAAGUCCAUGA